AUGUUUUGUUGGGGCAAUGCAACUCAUCAUGAACUGUGCAUCGACGGUUCACAAAUAACUGAUUUGGUUAUCAAGCCCACAUUAUCAAAAUGGAAAGAAAGUGAUCACAUACAAGCAGUAGCAGCUGGCGAAUUCCAUAGCUUAUACCUCUCAAACAGUGGUCAUUUAUAUUCAUGUGGAAAUAAUGAUGUGGGUCAGUUAGGACGUCAAACUGAAUCUGACAAUGGAAAGAAUCCAGCUUUAGUGGAAACAUUUAAAGACUGCACAAUAUCGACAAUAGCAUGUGGCCUUCAACAUUCUUUAGCUAUAGAUGAAUGGGGGCAGCCUUUCAGUUGGGGCUCUGACAGUAUGGGGCAACUUGGCAAUAACCUUGGCGCUCAUGCUCAGGACAAACCUAAAUUUGUCAAAGGGUUAGCAACCAAAAAUGUAAUACAAGUAGCUUGUGGAGCCUAUCAUUCUGUGGCAUUAACAAACAGUGGUGAUCUCUACUCAUGGGGUGCAAAUAGUUAUGGACAAUGUGGUUUAGGAACUAUAUCAAACAAGGAAAUGUCACCUCAACAUAUUUCAUCAUUAAUUGGUGUACCUAUUGCUUUAAUAGCAUGUGGCAAUAAUCAUACAUUUGUGCUAUCAAAAUCAGGUGCGGUUUUUGGAUGGGGUAAAAACACUCAUGGACAACUUGGUCUUCAAGACGUUGAAAACAAAUGCUAUCCCACUCACCUAAAAACAUUGAGAAAUGUGAAGGUGUGUCACAUAGCGUGUGGUGAAGAUUUCACUGUUUUCUUGACAUUGGACGGUGGUGUGUUCACAUGUGGAACUGGUGAAUACGGGCAGACUGGACAUGGUACGACUAGAGAUGAGCUUGUUCCAAGAAAGAUUGUCGAGCUGAUGGGCAGUACAGUGACGCAGAUAGCGUGCGGACGACGGCACUUGCUGUGUCGCGUCGGCGAGCGAAUCCUGGCUUGCGGUUACGGAGCGCGAGGUCAACUUGGCUGUCCGCACAUGGCGUUCGCGCUGGUCCCGACACCUGUGCCGUUCACACCCAACGACGAAUCUCCGACCGAACCCAUGGAUCAGAAUAAGCCAAAGAAGAAAGCAAAGGUGGAGGGUUCAUCGACAUUCGGUCGUUCGGGCAACGUGGGCACUUCUAAACAAAAUUUUUCACCUGAAAUCUUCAAGGGUCCGAUUAAAGUGUUCGCGGGAGGUGACCACAGCUUCGUGGUAUUGAAAGGCGACAAGUCCGGGCCGGUCGACUACCGCACUCCGGACCACAGGAAGCAAAUACUCACGCUCACUCUACCGAAGCUAGCCGCGUGUCAAGUCUUCAAAGACAAAGAUUUCGUUAAUCAGGAUUUAAUGGCGUACUUAGAGACGGUGUUCGGUUCGCUGGCGUGUGUGAACGCGUCCUUCCUGCUGCCGAGCAACGGACACUACUGUUGCAACACCAAAAUGCCGGGCGUCGACCUUAGCAAAGCCGAGGAGGCGUUCUCGUUGAUCAGCCGAUUCGAAAACACGUCCAUCAAGGAACUAAUAUUCACUCACUUAACGGAUAAUAUAAUUAAGAAAAUGAAGCCCUCUCCACCGGAUGCUGAAGCUCUAAGAAUGUUUCUAAUAUUACCGCUAUAUCACGAAAUGAGGAAUCCCAGACGCCAUACCCAGCUACAGGGUCCCUUUGCUGAAGCCUUCAACAACUUGUCUACUCAUCCUCAAAAAAUAGUCAACUUAUGGUGGGAGGCGCAGACGACCGAGUACUUUGAGAUGCUCGUAGAUAUAUUCAAAAGCGUCGUUGUAUACGAACUUAUGCAGCCUGUAGUUAGAUCAACCAAGAAAGUGCAAUUCAAACACAGCACCGUACAGAUUUUGAACACGUUGUCGUCGCUGAACAAGAUCAACUUCACGAACCCGAAGCUACCUAAAAUACCGGCCGAAUGUUUCUACAUAGAGGACUUGUGUGAUCACGUUGACAUCGCAUCUGAUUAUAUUAACUGGUUGUCGGACCAAACUUCUACCCAGACGCACAUGUGCAACUACGCUUUCCUGUUCGACGUCCAAUGCAAGUCGUUGCUGCUGAAGAUCGAUCAGCAACUACAAAUGCAGAUCGCCAUAAGCAGGGCCACCACGCAAAUCUUCACGAGGCUCUUCAUGGAUCCCACCUACGAGUAUCAGAGGGAUCAGUUCCUCAACUUGACCGUCUCGAGGAACCAUAUUGUCCGGGACACCAUGCUGCAGAUAAGCAACCAUGAUACUUCACAACUGAAGAAACCGCUCAGAGUCGAGUUUAUUGGCGAAGAAGCGGAAGAUGCCGGUGGCGUUAAAAAAGAAUUCUUCAUGCUACUGCUCAAGGAAAUAUUUGAUCCCGUAUACGGUAUGUUCAAGCAAUCUGAGGAGACGAACAUGAUUUGGUUUUCAAAUAAUCCAUUCGAAGAUGACGUCAUGUAUUAUGUAAUUGGGGCUAUUUACGGACUUGCGAUAUACAAUUCGAUUAUUAUAUACGUUCCGUUCCCGUUAGUUUUGUAUAAGAAAAUUCUUGGCGAAUCUGUUAUGAUGGACGAUUUGUCAGAUUUGUAUCCAACGUUAGCCAAUAGUUUGAAAAGUUUAUUGGAAUAUACAGACGAUGACGUAGAAGAGGUGUUCGGACUGUGUUUCGCCGUGAACACUGAAGUGUUUGAUCAAAUACAAGUGAAUCCACUGAAAGAGGACGGAGAGAAUAUACCUGUGACGCGCGAAAAUAAAGCCGAAUACGUCGAGUUGUACGUGGACUUUUUGCUCAAUAAAUCUGUGGAGAAUCAAUUUAAAGCUUUCAAUCAAGGUUUCCAGAAGGUGUGCGGGGGUAGAAUAAUAAAGCUGUUUAGAUCUCACGAACUGAUGUCCGUUGUGAUCGGAAACGAGGAGUACGACUGGGAAAUGUUUCAGAACAAUUGUGAAUACAAGAACGGAUACUCAGAAACUGAUCAACAAAUCAGAUGGUUCUGGGAAACGUUCCACGAGCUGCCGCUUGAAGAUAAGAAGAAAUUUUUGCUUUUCUUAACCGGCAGCGAUCGUGUUCCGAUACAAGGAAUGAGGGACAUUAAAAUACGAAUUCAACCAGUGGCAGACGACAGGUUCUUCCCGGUGGCCCACACGUGCUUCAAUCUUCUAGAUCUCCCGCGUUACAAAACUAAAGAGAGGCUCAAGUAUUAUCUUCUGCAGGCCAUUCAGCAGACGCAGGGCUUCUCGCUGGUCUGAGAAAUAAUAUUCGUUUUCUAGUCGUUUUAAAUCAUUCGUUAUCGACUUUUUUUUUAAAUGGAAUCAUGAAAUCAUUGGUCGGUCAAAUCGAUAAUCAAUAUCGCUCUCUUUUAUAAUUAAUCGUGCAGGGUCAACUUCGAACGUCCCUUGUCUCUUUGAAUAAACGGGUGGUUUCAAUAGAUUUCGUCCACAAGUUAAAUUUUAUGUAAUCUUUGUUUUCAUGGAUCCAUUACAAUAACGAUCAAAUCGAAAUAUUGUCAUUAUUUCAUUUUAAAUGGAAUCUUGACACAUAUAUUUCACCAGUAAAUAUUCGAAUUUGAUAAAAAGGAAGUGAGGAGUUUACUUUGUUUGGUAAAAAAACGAUUGCUCACCCUCAAUCAUUCCUAAUAGAAAGGUUUUCGUUUUAUUUUAUUUUAAUUCUAGAUAAUUCUAGUGAAUGUCAAAAGCGCUCUUGUUAUUCGAACGUUUUUCGAACCAAUGAAAAUACUUAUUUUUAUUUUUAAAACCUAUUAUGCGUGCGUUUUUUUCUAAAUUAAUUAAUAAAAAAAUUCACUCAAUCGUUAAAAAUUCGAUUAAAAAAACAGCUACAAAUAUGAAUAAUGUUUCUUCAAUGAAUAUAAUUGAUUUCUACAAUUAUAUUACGUUCGCGGAAAUACACCAUUAUAAGCUUCUUUCUGUUUUAAUUUUAUAAAAACGAAGGAACGGUCUCCAAAUAUUCUCAAAAUAUUAAGGUGUGUCCAUAUGCACACGUAAUCACAGAGUAACCACUGUAUCGGCAUCCGAUUCCAAUCGAUAAGCCAACAGUGGAAGGCCAUAUAUAAGCUGUCCCUAAAUAAUUGAGAAAAGAAAAAUUAAAACAAUGCCUAACUGAGGAUGUCUUUCACAUCCAUAAUUUAGUUCCUACCAAAAACAAAAAAUCACGUUCACCUAUUUAUAUGCAUUAUAAUUGCUUCAUUUACAAUUGUUUCGUAACUGCCAGUUAAAAAAAUGAAGUGACAUCUAUCAACGUUUAUAAGAAAUUAUAUAAUAACAAUAAACACAAAUUCAGAAUUGAAGACACUUUAAACCUAGCUUAUUAAUAUAAUAACAAUUAAACAGGUUAAAAUUCAAUUAACUAGAGCUUAAUUUAAAAUACGUGUACUAAUCCACCGCAUUUAAGAGAUAAUUAGGUUUUUAGACUAUUAUUUUUAGUCACAGCGUGCACGCAUCCUAAUUUUUCUCAUCCACAAUUCAAAUAGUUCAAACGGUCUCUAUUACUAUAGUAAAAUUUUCCGCGAACGUACUAUAAACAAUAUUGAACUUUUUUUUAUAUCUGUCUAUUUUAUAAUACAAUAUUGAAAUCAUCAUAAUAUUAUGAUUACUUUUCAAAUUAUUUUAUUACGAUUACUUCCAAAUUAGGUUAUUAUUGAAAAUAAUAAUGACAAUGAAUGCAUCUUACACGUGCAAAGGUAACCUCUGUGAUACAAAGGCACGUCUCUAAUUCGGGGCGUAAAGAACUGCUCUCGAAAACAAAACAUUAGCACUCACUUAAAGGAUCACUUAGGUCUUCAAAUAUAAUUUGUUUGUACACAGUAAGGAUUAGUAAACAAUUUUAAGUAACGAAAGAUCUGCUAACGCGCAAGGUCAACGACCUCGUGUUGCGAAUUCCGUGUUGUACGCUUUCCAUUGCACGCCCUGGAAAUGUUAAAUCACAAACACGAUGGGUGUUUUGCUUCGUUAAUAUUGACUGAAAAUGACUAAUAUUGGUUUUGGUUUCACGAAGUAGCUCAUUUAUUUCUGUAUCUAUAAAGUCGAAUUUAUUUAUUUAUCUUAUAAAAAAUAUGAGUGGGUAGCUGUUGUUAGCGUUUUUAGUUCUGAGUGCGGUUCCGUGCGCCCCGUAUGUUUAAGGGCCUGCUUGUAAUGUUGUUACACUGAUUCGUUAUAAACUGUACAUAAAAUAUGGCGGUAAUUAGCUUGGCUAGAUCGGUGUUGUUUUUAUAGCAUUUACGUGUUUACCUCGGCCUAGUUGUAGCUAUGGCGCAGUUUGUACAUUAUGUAUAUGUAUAAAUAAAAAUAAAAUAUUUUCGUAAUUA